AUGGCCGCGAAUGGAAAUCCCCUCCCGGAUGAUGAUGGGGAGUUUUGGAUUUUUGGUUAUGGCGAGGAUCACCGAGGAACACCAGAGAAGCCCGGACGUGUCGUCACGCUGCUGGAGCGCUCCUUCUGGCAGACACUGACUGAUCACCACGAGGAUGCUCCCGAUCGCGUCUGGGGCGUUGCGUACCGCAUCAAGGCCGACAAGGUGGAAGAGGUCAAGGACUAUCUAGACAUUCGAGAGAUCAACGGGUACACCAUCCACUACACGCCCUUCCACCCAGCAGACGGAUCCGGCCCGAUCAGGACCUUGGUCUACAUCGGCACCCCCGACAACCCCCAGUUCGUGGGACCUCAGGACCCGCAGGCACUCGCCGAGCAUAUCCACCGCUCCGAGGGUCCCAGCGGACUGAAUAGGGACUAUCUGCUGUCCCUGAACGAUGCACUGAACCAGCUGGGACCGGAGAGCAGGGAUGAGCAUGUCGCCGACCUGUCGAGACGUGUUCGUGCCAUGCAGGCGGACUCUGCGGCUCAGGCUGACCAACCGUCCCAGCAUCAUGACUUUCGCAAAGUCCACAGCACUGAGGAACAAGAAGAGACUGAGAAGUCUACCUAG